GUUCCGUGCUGGUUCUCGGGACCCCGAAUACUGGGCUCUUGUGAGGGUGCGCCCCAGAGAAACUAGCCGCUCUAAAAUGAAAAAAGCUGCCGCCUACGGCGCCGGGAGACUUUGACGUUGUCAUGACGAUUCUUACCAGAAUCAACAACAGUAGGCGUGGCUUCCUACUUCGUCUGAAAUCCUCAAUCAUCUCGCAGAGGUUUAGCUCUAAUAAGGCCGAAGGAGCUGUGAGAGAUAAGUUAUCCACACAAAUGAGGACCAACUACUCAGCUCCUCUAGGGAGCACUGACAAAUCCCGGUGGAAAAAGUUGGAUGCAAGCAGACUUGGCGUAACUGAUUCUAUGAUUUCAUGCCCGUCUUGGACUGUUCUGAAACAUCUUAAGCGCAGCGGAUUUGAGUCAUACUUAGUGGGUGGAUGUGUGAGAGAUUUACUCCUGAAUAGAAUUCCGAAAGAUUUUGAUGUCAUCACCACAGCAAAGCUCACACAGAUAAAAAAGCAGUUUCAUCGGUCUCGAGUCAUUGGACGGCGUUUUCCAAUAUGCAUGGUGCACAUCAAAGGUUCCAUCAUAGAGGUAUCCAGUUUUGAGACAGUGGCACAGAAACAUACUGAAGAGAAAGAAAUUCUUUUAUCCUCCCUAGUGCCAAAAGGCUGCAAUGAAAAAGACUUAGUUCUCUUCAAAAACACCUUGCAAAGGGACUUCACAAUUAACAGCUUAUUCUAUGAUCCUUUUGCUGGUAAAAUCUAUGACUAUGCCAACGGAUUGGCUGACUUAAAGGCUAUGAAGCUGCAAACUAUGAUUCCUGCUCAAAUAUCUUUCAAUGAAGAUCCUGGAAGAAUUUUGCGCGCCUUGAGAAUUGCAGCUCGUCUAGGUUUAUCAUUAUCAAGUGACAUUACAGCUGGAAUUCAGACAUUUUCUUUAUUGGUUAAGGGCUUAAACAAGUCCAAAAUAAUGAUGGAAUUGAAUUAUAUGCUUUCUUAUGGAGCUGCCGAACCAUCCCUGUUUUUGCUCUGGAAAUUCAAACUUCUUGACUUUUUACUUCCUUUGCAUGCAGCAUACUUAGACCAACAGGCUAUCAAACAAGAUGCUCAAGCUUCCAGUAUGCUUGUGAAAUUAUUCUUCCAUUUGGAUAAAUUGGUUGCUUGUGAUCGACCUUCUGUUUGCACUAUAUGGGUUGGAUUACUGGCGUUUCACCUGGCGUUAGUGAAUAACCCUCAAGAUGCCCUUGUGGUGUGGGCACUUGCUUCUGUUCUAUAUCAUGGGGAUUGGGAAAAAGGUGUUGAAUUUGCAAAAGAACAAGCAAGAAGGGAUAUUUGCUUCUCACCUGAAAUAAAAAAGUCCUGUGUAUACGAAUCUGAUGGCGAAAUUGUUAGAGCGGUUGCUCAAUUGGCAUCUUUGGUGGUGGAUUCGAUAGCCGUGCUCGUUAAUGAGAAUAUUCUUGUUCAAUCUAUCUCUAGAUAUCCAUCUACCUCACGCUCUGGUUUGGUAUUUAUAUCAACAAAAACGGGAAAGGAUGUGGCACGACUCUUCAGAGUGCUGAUCCAUAAUGUUGAUUCUUACAGGAGUGAAAAAAGGGAUUUUGAAAUAAACUAUGAUUUACUUGGGAGAGGUCACCCUUCAGAGAUAAGGUUUGUUUUUGGCAAAGUUGUUCUUGAAACUAUGAGUGGCGGACUUGUUGGGGAAAACGAGGUUUUGGAGGCUAUGAGAUGUGAAGUCAAGACUGAGGAGCACUCCCAUGAAACACGCCAUUUGCAUCUUCCACAUCCACUAAACUCUCAACUGGUGACCAAAAGAGAUAAAAGACGAGCUUCAUCAUCAUCAUCUAGUCCAAGACCUGAGAAAAAGAAAAUCAAGAAACAUAAAUUGGUUCAGAGUGAAAGUAUUCCGGAUCAGAGGACGAGCUUAGAAAAGCAUGAACUGUUUGACAUCCACGAAGAUGAAGAAAAUGCCGUAAGGCUUCCCAAGUUGUCUACGUUAUUUAAGUGAUGCACAAAUUCGUUCCAAGAGAGAAAAAUUGGCAUCAACAUCAGAUGAACUGAUAAAGAGCAUAUCGAUAUUGCCUGCAAGAAGGGUCUUGACCGUGCUAGUCAUUUGAAGGCAAGUUGAAAGAAGGCUUGUUUGUAGUCACAGAGUACUAUCCAUGAAUGGUAGCUGACAAAUGCAACAUUAUAAGUGAAUAUGUGACAGCUUAAAAGUAAAGAGGAUGAGUUUUUCAGGGAGAAAGAAUGACCACGCUUGCUUGAGGCCAGUUGAGAGCAAGCAAAAUUAGCCGUAGCUUGUCUCAAUAGCCCAAGCUAAAUCUCUAACGUCAUGCCUUCGGUUUCCUCCUAGUGGAUGACAUUGCCAGUCCUCUGCUUUUAUUUACAAGACAAAGAGAGAGAGAAAUUUUCAUUCCUAUUUAUAAGGCAAAAA